UAUCAUGUGACAUCCUUUUGUGUUAUAAAUACCUACGCCUAUUUAAAAUUUGGAGGUCACUUUGCUCCACCUGACUCACCUGACGGAAACUCAAACGGAACUCCUACGUCUUUUCCUUGAGCAAGUUACGGACGCGACUCAUAGGAUUAGCCAGUGGCCAUCAAAGAUGCGAUUGCAAAGUGCACCAUGGCUAAGGUUAGGAAUAACUCUAUUGAUAGUGGGCAAGAACAAUGGGCAGUGGUUAUGGAAGGCUAGGAAACAAGCAGGUCGAAGUUCGACGUCACGGUCCCACAGUUCCUUUACCAUCGCUGCUUCUGGUUCCUCCCUCCUCCUUCUCCUAGCUCCCACCAACCUCCUUCUUCUCCCCGUAGCCCCCGCAAACACACACGCACUUCUCCCAGUCCCCAUAGCCCUUCCCCUCCGUCACCUAGCCCCCAUGGACAAACCCACCCUUCUUCCAAUCCCCGGGAACAGCCACGUCCUAGCCCCAGCCCCCAUGGACACCCACGCUCUCGCCCAAGCCCCCAUAGACACCAACAUUCUCGUUCAAGCCCCCAUAGACACCAACAUUCUCGUCCCAGCCCUCAUGGACACCCACAUUCUCGUCCCAGCCCUCACGACCAUCAUCACCACCAUGACGGAUCUGAGAAAAAUGAAACAUUUGAUCAUGAACACGACUUCACUGGCUUGCUUCACAAUUUGA